GCCGUCACACGUGACACCUGCAUGCCUAUCCACAGUUCUGUCACACUGUUCCCGCCACAACACCGCUCGCUACAAUAUUAUGCAGUACAUGCAUAUGCGGCUGUACGCUCGCUCCAAGGCCAUCCUGGUAGAGCACUCCCUCCAUCCCCGUCAUGGUUGAUCACCGCCCGCAGACCACUGCUUCUCCGGCACCGUCACGCUCUGUAGGCAUUACGACAGCAACGGCCGCCGUACCGGACCAUAGCUACGACGAAGUUGCAAGAACCACACUGCCCAAUAUGCCUGUCACCGGAGUUUGAUGUCUCCGCUGAUAGAAUCCUGAGGCU